AUGACGAUUAAGUUGGAACCGUCAGUAUUCUGGACAGAUAGCCAAACUGUCCUAAAAUACAUAUCAAAUGAGAAGGCUAGAUAUCCUGUGUUUGUGGCUAACCGCAUUGCAGUUAUUCGUGAUGGAUCAACAUUGGACGCAUGGCGAUAUGUGCCAGGAAAACUUAAUCCUGCCGACCAUGCAUCCAGGGGACUUAAGGCACAAGAUCUGAUGAGACAUAAGGAAUGGAUAUCAGGGCCAGAUUUCUUGGCUAUGAGCCAGAAGAAAUGGCCUGUUAUGGAAGAUAUACCACCUAAUGGCGAUACAUCGCACAAUGACAUCCAGGAAAGCCAGUGCAACGCAAUUGGAGUCAGCGAAGCAAUAGGUCAAUAUGACAGUCCUUUGAAUAGAUUAAUACGACACUACUCCGAUUGGACAAAAUUGAAAAGAGCUGUGGCAUACUAUAUCAUUCUAAAAGACAUGCUCCGAAAGGUGAAGGAAAGUCAUCUACUUACGGCUAGGAAGCUGGAGGAAGCUGGAAUUGCUAUAAUCAAAUAUGUGCAAACCACAAAUUUUCCUCAAAAGAAAUUGGGUAAAGGCAGCAAUCUAGCUAAACUAAACCCUAAACUAAAUGAGGGAAUUCUAAGAGUUGGGGGCAGAAUCGAAAAUGCACCCAUUCCCGAAAAUAUGGAACACCAGAUCAUUCUUCCAAGAGAUUAUCAUGUGACUACUCUAAUCAUCCAACACAUACACAAAAGGAUUGGCCAUCAAGGAUUAAAUCAUGUUCUGUCAGUACUAAGACAGAAGUACUGGGUAUUGAAAGUUGGACCACUAGUCCGGAGCAUUGUGAAGCAAUGUACUAUUUGCAGGCGUGUAAAAGCAAAGUCCAUUGAGCAGUUAAUGGCUAAUUUGCCGGUGGAACGUGUACAACCUGACGCACCUUUUGCGAACACCGGCAUAGACCACUUCGGCCCCUUCGAAGUUAAAUAUGGAAGAGCCUGUAGAAAAAGAUACGGGGUAAUCUUCACGUGUAUGGCAUGCAGAGCUGUACAUAUUGAAGUAGCUGCAUCGAUGGAUACCAGUUCCUGUAUUAAUGCUUUGCGCCGUUUUAUAGCAAGGCGUGGCCAAGUGAAACACAUUACCUCAGACAACGGUAAAAAUUUUGUUGGUGCCAAGGCAGAAUUUGAAUGCAUCGAUAAGAAGAAGAUGCAAGAAUUUGCAUGCAGCCGAGGGAUAGAAUUGAAAUUUAACCCGCCGUCAGCCUCCCAUUUUGGAUGCGUUUGGGAGAGGCAGAUACGGACAAUACGCCAAAUCCUCAACAGUCUGUUGAAUGAGCAGUUUAUAAAAACGACUGGAUCUGAUGAACAGUUGAACACGUUCAUGUGUGAAGUGGAGGCGAUCAUCAAUAGUAGGCCUCUAACGAGGAAUUCAGAUGAUCCAAAUGAUUUAGAUGUAAUUACUCCAAAUUCUUUGCUACUACUGCAGCCUGCAGGUAAUGCAAUUGGAGAAUUUAACGAAAAGGAUGUCUACGCACGAAAGAGAUGGAAGCAGGUUCAAUACUUAGCUGAUAUAUUCUGGAAGCUGUGGACAAAAGAAUACCUAACCACCCUACAAUUGAGACAGAAGUGGAUGAAACCAAGGAGAAAUGUGCGUGCCGGAGAUGUUGUACUCAUUAUUGAUCAGCAAGCACCUCGCAACUCAUGGCUUAUGGGUCUAGUGAUAGAAGUCUUUGCGGACAACCAUGGGCUAGUCCGAAGUGUGAAACUGAAAACCAAGUCUGGUAUACUUAAACGACCAAUCGCCAAGAUUUGUUUGCUUUUAGAAGAUAAUUCUCUGUAA